AUGCUUAGCGUCAAUGGCGGGGCAAAAGGCUUAUCACAGUAUUAUAAGAAUGAGCAGAUAGGUGGCAUGCUUUUUGUUUCCAAUUUCCAUCUUCUUAUCUAUGUUUUCGUUUUUAUGGGCUCUGCUUUUGAGUUGGGAUGCGCGUCUACACCAUCGCAGGUUCAGUUGGAAGCAAACGCUAUAAUGAAUAGUGGAUGGUGGCACCUGUCCCCCUCACAGUCACUUCAUAUAUGUUCAUCGAUUGAUGGUAUACAUUGCAAUGAUGCUGGAAGUGUAACUCGUAUCAUAUAUAGGUAUCAGGAAGGGCCUAUUCAAUUGGCAACAUUAAAUCUCUCUGCUUUCAAGAAUUUGGAACAUCUUGAGGUCGUCGAAUCUAGUCUAUACGGGACUAUUCCAUCUGAAAUUGGAAAUCUUUCCAAUCUCUAUUUUCUUGAUUUAUCCCACAAUUCUCUUCAAGGUGAAAUAUCUUCAUCACUAGGAUAUCUAACCAAUCUAUGGACCCUAAUAAUCUCUAACAACAAAAUCAAUGGAACCCUUCCCAUUUCACUUUCAAACAUCAAGCUGCUUCAAAAUAUUGACAUUUCACACAAUCUACUGACUGGUUCCCUUAAACUUUUCUCAGUUGAAUAUUUUCCAUUCUUGGAACGUCUAGAUCUAAGCUACAAUGGUAUUUCCGGAGUGGUUCCUAUGCUCCUUUGUGGUAUCCUUUACCUAAACCUUUCCUUCAAUAAUUUGAAUGGUCCCAUUCCAAAUUGU